CAGGGAAACGAUUGACACUUUGACUCUUUGAUCUACAAUGUUGCCCUACAAAAUCCAUCAGGUCACGCUGUUAAUGACCGCUGUAUCCUGUGUGCUGAUUGGUGGCGCGAACUCUCAAUCAAACUCCACCAAAGACUUUCCGCUCUCUGAAGACACAGCGGCCAUCCCUGACUUUCUAGUGUACCCCUUGGUGACUGCAGGGUCAGAUGGCGUGACCUCUGACCCCAGAGCUGUCUAUCAAAUUGCUCAUCUUUCUAGCAACAGGUCGACGCUGGCACUACGGCCGUCUUUGCCCCCGGCGUGUCUGAGGAGGACCCACAUUGAUGGUUUAUUUAAAUAUGUCAACACGGUGCUGUCCUGUGUCCUCUUUGUGGUUGGGAUGGUGGGAAACGCAACGCUGUUAAGAAUCAUCUACCUGAACAAGACCAUGAGAAACGGCCCGAACGCUCUGAUCGCCAGUCUUGCGCUGGGAGAUCUCAUAUACAUCCUCAUUGAAAAACCUAUCAAUGUGUAUAAGCUUUUGGCAAUGCGAUGGCCGUUUGAUGACAGUGUCUUUGGUCUCUUUCUCUGCAAACUGAUCCCAUUUUUACAGAAAGCUUCUGUUGGAAUAACAGUACUGAAUCUGUGUGCUCUCAGUGUGGACAGGUACCGUGCUGUGGCGUCUUGGAGUCGAGUGCAGGGUGUUGGUAUCCCAGCGUCCACCGCAGUAGAGAUUGUGUGCAUCUGGGUGUUGGCUACAGUCCUGGCGGUUCCUGAGGCUAUCGGCUUUAAAAUGGUCACUUUUGACUACAACAACGUCACCAUGCAAACCUGCAUGCUGAAACCAGAGACUCCAUUUAUGACCUUGUACAGUAAAGUGAAGGUCUGGUGGUUGUUUGGUUUUUACUUCUGCGUUCCUCUGGUGUGUACGGCCGUCUUUUACACCCUCAUGACCUGUGAGAUGUUGAGCAACAGGACGGGCGAUCUGAAGUUCUCUCUGAAUGAACACAUCAAACAGAGGCGUGAGGUGGCCAAAGCCGUCUUCUCUCUCGUUCUUAUCUUUGCUCUCUGCUGGUUUCCGCUUCAUCUGAGUCGCAUCCUAAAGAAAAUGGUUUAUUACCAGAAUGACGUCGGUCGCUGUGACCUGCUUAAUUUCCUGUUAGUGUUUGAUUACCUGAGUAUAAAUCUGGCGACCAUCAACUCCUGCAUCAAUCCCAUAAUCCUCUACUUUGUUAGCAAGAAGUUUAAGAACUGCUUCAGGUCAUGUUUGUGUUGUUGCUGUUAUCCGGGCUCAUUGUUAAGCACUGUUGUACCUCUGAACGGUACCAGUUUCCAGUACAAGAACCCUGACCAACACAAUGGCUUAUCAGACCGGACAGCUCUACGCAAGGACAGUUAUAACUAAACCAUAACACAAACCCACACUGAACAAGGUCAUAGUGAAUUUCAUAACUAAAGUUUUUCAGAGGGAGUUUGGAUGGAUGUUUAAAUGAAUGGAGAUGUAAAAAGCAGAGCACUGAUUCCAGUUUGAUUUGAUUUGCUUUUUUCUUUUUUGAACCAAAUAUAUUUAAAUAAAUAUAUAUUUACUUUUUAAAGUAUUUUGAAUGCUCCAGGAGAGAUACAGUAUCUUCAUCAUAAUUUGUUAGCUGUGUUGUUUAGCAGAAGCUCAAGUGAAUGUCAGAUGUUUAAUGUCAUUGAAGUCUUUUCUCUACACAUGUGUCUGUCAGAGGCAUUAUGUGUACUGAUAGUAUAAAGACCCAAAGGUGGAGAUUUGGUUUGAACAUUGGGGUUUAAUGAACAAAAAAUAGUAAAUUAUAUAUUACUGUAAAUUAUAACACAGGGCUGUUGAAUGCUUUACUGAAUGCUGAUUGGCUAAGAAAUGUUCCAUUGGUGUUAAUUAUUUUUCUGUAAACGGCACACCUAGCUUGUCAAAUGUCUUAAAAAUAAGCACCAAUGUUUUUGGUAACCGUGGUAUAAGCGGAAAAAUUGACUUUGAAAUAUUUUCUUAUUCAACGGCCUGUCGUCAAUUAUUCCUUACUUGAUGUAUUGUUACACCCCUAUAAGACCACUGUCA